AGUUGUUAACUAGCUAUUCGUAUAGACGGUUACAUCGGAAACGGCUUAAAAACUUUCGAGAACUGAUCAAUUCAGUUAUUCAAAAUAACAUCCUUAACACAAGUGAAUAUUUAUAAACGUAUUCCAUUUGAAGAAAAGUGAAAAGCGACACAAUUUCUGAAAUCCACAUAGGAACGCACCAAAGAGAAUACAAUUUCUCUGACUGAAUCUGCUCUAAGUAUGGAAAACAAUUCUACGGAACAAGUCCACGAAUACAGUCCGGGAAAUAUUGGAUACAUGCUAACAUGUAUUGCAUUCGUAUGGCUGAUGAUUCCCGGUGUAGGAUAUUUUUACAGCGGAAUGGCUAGAAGUAAGAGUGCUCUGUCUCUCAUUAUGCUCAGUUGCUGGUCCAUGGCAAUAGUUUGUGUUCAGUGGUUCCUGUUUGGAUAUUCCUUGGCGUUUUCGAAAACUGCUACCCCAUUAGUAGGAAACUUUGAUAACAUUUUCUUGAAGGACGUAAACGAUAAACCAAAUGUUGUUAAUCCAGAAAUACCCGAUAUGGUCUUCUGUAUCUAUCAAGGAAUGUUUGCUGCCAUCACACCAGCAUUAGCCAUCGGAGCUGCAGCUGAGAGAGCACGAUUUUUACCAGCAACAGUAUUUAUUUUCCUUUGGACUACACUUGUCUAUGAUUUCCUGGCUUGUUGGACAUGGAAUCCAAACGGAUGGAGUCUAAAUAUGGGCGGACUUGACUUUGCUGGUGGAACACCUGUACACAUAUCGAGUGGGGCUGCUGCUUUGGCAUAUGCAGUGGUUUUAGGCCAACGCGAAAAGACACACGUUGACGAAGAAUUUAAGCCUCACAAUAUGGCAAAUGUGUUCUUGGGAACCGGUUUCAUUUGGUUUGGAUGGUUUGGUUUCAACGGUGGUUCUGCCCUACAACCGAAUAUGCGAGCAGUGAUGGCAUGUUUUGUUACCAGCCUAAGUGGAGCCGUUGGUGGCAUUACUUGGGUCUUUCUGGACUAUCGCCACGAAAAGAAGUAUUCAGCUCUGGGAUUUUGUGUUGGUGCUGUUGCGGGAUUAGUCUGUUGUACACCGGCAUGUGGUUACAUUAGCCCGGCAAGCAGCAUUGUUUUCGGUGUGGUCGGUGCGACGGCCUGUAACAUGGCUUUGAAUUUGAAACAUCUUUUGAAAUACGAUGAUGCCUUGGAUGUGUUCGCUGUGCACGGAGUCGGUGGCAUUAUUGGCAAUAUUUUAACAGGAGUAUUUGCACAGAAGAAAUAUGCUGAUGACAUUGUCGGCGGAUGGUUGGAUGGACAUUGGAUGCAAGUUGUGUAUCAGCUCAUUGACACCGUUGCUGGCCUCUCCUGGAGUUUUGUUGUAACGUUUAUAAUUCUUUGGGUUAUGAAUAAGGUUCCGGGAUUCAGUCUUCGUGUCGACAUCGAAAUGGAGAGAGUCGGACUGGAUCAAGGAGAAUUAGGAUUCAGUUGCUACGAGCAUGUAGAAGAUGUUCGAUCAGUUAAAGGAAGUACGGAGCAAAUAAGCGUACAGGAUAUGGUUCGUAAUGGAAUUAAAAAUCAAGCGUUUGAGGUGGAACAGUCAAGAAUGUAGAUGAAUUUUUUGUGUUAUUAUCUUCCAUUUUUUUUUUUAAAUUACAUUAUGUCUUAGUACC